UGCCUCCAUCCACUCGUCUCCGUUCACCUCAGGCGGCUCAGCUCCCCUCCCCCAUCUCCAUAACACCACCCACCAACUCAGCUCUCUUCCCGCACAUGCCGAUGCCGAUGCCUGCCCCCUCCCCACCGCCCUUCCUCUGACCCCCAUCCACGCCCCCGAUCAGCAAGCCACGAACCAUGGGCUCCUUCCUCACCCUCCUCCUCCUCGUCAAUGCCGCGCUCCUGGCGCGCGCGCUCAAUCAGGACGGCCUCUACCUGCUCGACGCCAAGCGCGUCCUCACCGUCCCGUCGCCCGCGCUCGCCGACUGGAACCCCCGCGACGCCACGCCCUGCAACUGGACCGGCGUCUCCUGCGACGCCGGCAGCGGCGCCGUCACGGAAAUCUCCCUCCCGGGCCUCAACCUCGCGGGUUCCUUCCCCGCUGCGCUCUGCCGCCUCCCGCGCCUGCGCUCCGUCAACCUCUACAUGAACUACAUCGGCCCCGACCUUGCCGUCGCCCGCUGCAAGGCGCUGGAGCGCCUCGACCUCUCCAUGAACUCGCUCGUCGGCAACCUCCCCGACGCGCUCGCCGACCUCCCGGACCUCGUCUACCUCAACCUCGAGAGCAACAACUUCUCCGGCCCUAUCCCCAAGUCCUUUGGCCACUUCAAGAAGCUCGAGUCGCUCUCCCUCGUCUACAACCUGCUCGGCGGCGAGGUCCCGCCGUUUCUUGGCGGCCUCGCCACGCUCCAGGAGCUCAACCUGUCCUACAACCCCUUUGCGGCGGGCCCCGUGCCGGCCGAGCUCGGAGACCUGUCCGCCCUGCGCGUCCUCUGGCUCGCCGGCUGCAACCUCGUCGGCUCCAUCCCGCCCUCCCUCGGCCGGCUCGGCAACCUCACCGACCUCGACCUGUCCACGAACGCGCUCACCGGCCCGAUCCCGCCAGAGAUUACGGGGCUCACCAGCGCCCUUCAGAUCGAGCUGUACAACAACUCGCUCUCCGGCCCGAUUCCCAAGGGCUUCGGCAAGCUCCGGGAGCUCAGGGGCAUCGAUUUCUCCAUGAACCGGCUCGACGGCGCCAUCCCCGAGGACCUCUUCGAGGCGCCCAAGCUAGAGAGCGUGCACCUGUAUGCCAACUCGCUCACGGGGCCCGUGCCGGAGUCGGUGGCGAAGGCGCCGUCCCUCGUCGAGCUGCGGCUGUUCGCCAACAGGCUGAACGGCACGCUGCCUGCCGACCUCGGCAAGAACACGCCGCUGGUGUGCGUCGACCUGUCCGACAACUCCAUCUCCGGCGAGAUCCCGCCGGGGAUAUGCGACCGCGGCGAGCUGGAGGAGCUGCUGAUGCUCGACAACAUCCUGUCCGGGCGCAUCCCCGAGGCGCUCGGCCGGUGCCAGAGGCUGCGGCGGGUGCGGCUGUCGAACAACAGGCUCGACGGCGACGUGCCCGGUGCGGUCUGGGGCCUGCCGCACAUGUCGCUGCUCGAACUCAAUGACAACCAGCUCACCGGAGAGAUCUCCCCGGUCAUCGCCGGCGCGGCCAACUUGUCUAAGCUGGUGCUGUCCAACAACCGGCUAACAGGGAGCAUCCCAUCGGAAAUUGGAUUGGUCUCGAAGCUGUACGAGCUGUCGGCCGACGGCAACAUGCUCUUUGGCCCGCUCCCAGCCUCUCUUGGCGGCUUGGCAGAACUUGGCCGGCUUGUUCUCCGCAACAAUUCGCUGUACGGCCAGUUGAUUCGGGGGAUCGAAUCUUGGAAGAAGCUCAGUGAGCUGAACCUCGCCGACAAUGGCUUCACUGGCUCCAUACCACCGGAGCUCGGUGACCUGCCGGUGCUCAACUACCUUGACCUCUCCGGCAACAAACUCACCGGCGAGGUACCAAUGCAACUGGAGAACCUGAAGCUGAACCAGUUCAAUGUCUCCAACAACAAGCUCAGGGGCCCUCUACCGCCGCAGUAUGCCACAGAGGCGUACCGCAACAGCUUCUUGGGCAACCCUGAGCUGUGUGGAGAAAUUGCCGGUUUAUGUGCCAAUUCGCAGGGAAGGGCAAAGUACCACUCCGGCUUUGCCUGGAUGAUGCUCUCGAUAUUCCUAGUUGCGGCUCUUGUUUUGGUUGCCGGAGUUGCGUGGUUCUACUGGCGGUACCGGAGCUUCAACAAAUCGAAGCUGAGCGCCUACCGCUCGAAAUGGACAUUGACAUCGUUCCACAAGCUCUCAUUCAGCGAGUAUGAGAUCCUGGAUUGCCUUGAUGAGGAUAAUGCCAUUGGCAGCGGUGCAUCCGGGAAGGUGUACAAGGCAGUGCUGAGCAAUGGUGAGGUGGUCGCCGUCAAGAAGCUGUGGAGCGGGGCAAUAAAGAAGGAUAUCGAGGACGGCGGCCAGGGCUCUGCUGCCGACGACAGCUUUGAGGCUGAGGUGAGGACACUCGGCAAGAUUCGGCACAAGAACAUUGUCAAGCUCUGGUGCUGCUGCACGCACAAGGACUGCAAGCUGCUGGUGUACGAGUACAUGCUCAAUGGUAGCCUCGGUGAUGUGCUGCACAGCAGCAAGGCUGGCUUGCUGGAUUGGCCAACGCGGUACAAGAUUGCACUGGAUGCAGCAGAGGGGCUAUCCUACCUUCACCAUGACUGUGUCCCGGCCAUCGUCCACAGGGACGUCAAGUCUAACAACAUCCUCCUGGACGCAGAAUUCGGUGCCCGUGUUGCGGAUUUCGGGGUCGCCAAGGUGGUGGAGGUCACUGGCCGCGCACCCAAGUCCAUGUCGGUCAUCGCCGGCUCGUGCGGUUACAUUGCGCCCGAGUAUGCAUACACACUGCGCGUCAACGAGAAGAGUGACACAUACAGCUUUGGAGUGGUCCUCCUCGAGCUCGUGACCGGGAAACUACCAGUCGAUCCUGAGUUUGGGGAGAAGGACCUGGUGAAGUGGGUGUGCAGCACAAUUGAUCAGAAGGGAGUGGAACACGUGCUAGACAGCAAGCUCGACAUGACCUUCAAGGAAGAGAUCGUCGGGGUCCUGAACAUCGGCCUCCUCUGCGCGAGCUCCCUGCCGAUCAACCGGCCGGCGAUGCGUAGAGUGGUGAAGAUGCUGCAAGAAGUGUGCGCCGAGGCCAGGCCGCGGGUUGGCAAGCUGUCGCCGUAUUACUACGAGGACACCUCCGAUCAAGGGGGUAGCGUCUAAUAAGGCAACCACAGUACAGAGAAAGAGUUCGUGCCUUCUAGGUAGGAAGGUUCCUUUCACGGCCAUUGAAAGAGUUGAAGCUAGAGUUCGUGCUGAUUUUAACCGCAGAACUGCUGGCUUCCGACAAGAGUUGAGGUAUCCUGUGUUUUUCAGUCCAGCAAUGAGAUUUGAGAGCAGGUGGGCGGUGUUCUUGGUUCGUACUGCUUGCUGUGUUUGUGGGGGCGUCUCAUGCAUUGAUUCCGGGUUGUCUACUUGUCUUGUACUCUUGAGAAAAUGUUUGUGAAUGUGUGCAAUUAGUACCCUGCUUUUCUCUUGAAUAACUAGUGGAGGAGUACUACACUAGUGUACUAUUCCAUCAGCCAUUCAGCCUCCCUCAAGCACGGGCAUGGCCAUUGGAACGACUAUCUGAGGCUAUUUACUACUCAAUGGGUAGUCGCUGCAGAGAUGAAGCAAUGGAGCACAGCCUGCACAGGUUGCUGAACCUGACCUUGCUUGUACAGUUAGUUGUGUUUAUGUGUAGAUAGCUCGCUCCUGAAUUAUGAAAAAUCAUCCGCUGCUCCUGCAGUACAAAUGAUUGGUACCUUUUGUUCCCCGUACUGAUUUUUUUUUUUUUUUGGCAGUGGCAGGCACUUAUACAAGAUUCUUUGUCACUGUCGUGUACAUAAGGGUGUAUUUGUUUCUGCAUAGUAUAAAUAGAUUGAGUGUAGUUAUAUUUGUUAAAAAGAAAGGUAUUUAAUUGUUUGUAUCUUUCUGAA